CUCCUCCUCCUUCUUGCUUGCUUCCCUUCCUGUUGCAUUGUGGUUGGAGUCUUUCUCUUGAAGCCAGCGAGAUCUCCCUCCUCCUCCUCCCACGUCUCCUGAAGGCGCGCCUCCUUUCUUGGGACGUUCCAGCUUCGGUCAAAGAUGACGGACUAUACGCAUCAAUGUCGGUCGCCAACUGCACGCGCCGUCGCUCCCGAUGCGGUGGCACGCGAAUUCAACCAUCCGGCGAUCGACCUCAACCGACCGGAUCUGAGCGACCCGAUGGACGAUCGGGAUCCGGAUUCGUCCGUCUCCGAUUGCGAGAGCGCUGUCUCCUCCGACCAAUCUGGCACUGCUCCAUCGCCGUUCACUGGCGGCGGGUUAAUGGAGCUCGGCGAGGGAGACAAGGCCCACCGCCUUAUCAAGGAGAGACUCAUCUCGCGGCUAGGCAUGCUAGGGGCUCGAGUUACCGUGGCGGCGAUCCACCAGAAUUGCUACUCCAGCGCCGCGGCGAAAGCGCGGGCCCAGGCGUUUCGAGUUUACUCGGAGGCGGUGCAGAAGAAAGGCGGCGGCGAAACCGCCAAUGUGAGGUACGCAUGGUAUGCGACUUCGAAGGAAGAGGUGUCCAAGAUCUUGUCCUAUGGCUUUGGCUACAGUGGGAAGCUUGGGAACGAUGGCUUGUAUGGAUGUGGAGUUUAUUUUGCUCCUGAUAAUCAUCCGCUCGAAAGCGUUAAGUCGGCCCCUAAAGACGAAGACGGCCUGAGGUAUCUGUUGCUUUGCCGGGUCAUACUGGGGAAAUCGGAGCUUGUUAGUCCUGGCUCGGAACAGUCUCAUCCGAGUUCGGAGCAGUACGAUUCGGGUGCCGACGACUUAUCAUCUCCGACGAGAUACAUUGUUUGGAGCACCCACAUGAAUACUCACGUGUUGCCGGAGUAUAUAAUCAGCUUAAGAGCCCCUUGUUGCUUGAGAGUAGGGUUGUCGAGAACUCCGGAAAAGUCGCGAAAACCAACUUCCCCUUGGAUGCCGUUUCCGUCUUUGAUCUCUGAACUCUCGAAAAUCUUACGUCCGACCGACGUCAGUUUGAUCUCCAAGUAUUACAAGGACCACAAAGGGGGAAAGAUUUCAAGGCAUGAGCUGAUACAAAAAGUCAGGCAAAUAGCAGGGGAUGGGUUGCUCACUAGAAUCAUCAAAAGUUUCAGAACCAAGCAAUUUGGGGCGUGAAGCGGCUGAUCGUGGGACCAUGGAUGGACUUGACUGGGGUGUGGGGCGUGUAAAGUAAAGAUCGGUUUUUUUGCUUCGAUGUGUUCAAGCACAUAGCGGCGCGCAAGAAAAUGGUUUGCAAGAUGUGGAGGAGGAGGCCCAUCAGGAAUCAGACACUGACAUGGCUACUAAUAGUAGGAUAGGAAAAAGACUCUUUCGGAACUUGUAUGAUUUUGCUGAUCUUUUGGGAUGUUUGUGCUUGGUUAUGGUGAUCGGCUGUAGUUUUUCUCUUGGUUCCCUGUAUCACACUGACUGUUUGUAUUCAAUGGAGAACGGAGAAAUUCUAGUGAAAACAAAACGCUUCCUUGUUUGACA